AUGCUGCUUCUGGUAGUGACACUAUUUGCUUAUCUAACCACUGCAGAAGAGCCUUUGUGCAGGUUACAGGGGAGUUCUCAUUUGCCUUUCUUCUCAAAGGAUGGUGAUAUUAUAAUUGGGGCUAUAUUUCUAUUUCAUGGUCUGCAGAAUACAAGAAAUGCAUUUCAAACCAAGCCUGAACCCCCUUUAUGUAAAGGCUUAAACCUAAGAGAAUUUCAGUUUGCUGAAACAAUGAUUUUUGCUAUUGAAGAAAUAAACAACAGAACUGAUUUACUUCCUGGUAUAAUUCUGGGAUAUAGGAUUUAUGAUGCAUGUAGUUCAAUACACUUAGCAAUAAGUGCUGCCAUGGCUCUAAUGAAUGGGCCAGAAAGUGAAACAUCAUCUAAAAAGUCUUGUUCUAAAACAUCUUCUGUUCAUGCCAUUAUUGGAUUGUCUGGCUCAUCGCAGACCAUUGGAGUGGCAACAGCUAUCCGAUCUUUCCACAUACCUUUGAUAAGUUAUGUUGCUACCUGUGCAUGUCUUAGCAACAAACAGGAAUACCCUACAUUUUUUCGAACCAUAUCAAGUGAUUAUUAUCAGAGCAGAGCCCUAGCUCAACUUAUAAAAUAUUUUGGUUGGACCUGGGUUGGCACAAUAAGAAGUGACAAUGAUUAUGGUAACCUGGGAAUGGCUACUUUCAUAGAAGCUGUACAACAAGUGGGUGUUUGCAUUGAGUAUUCUGAGGCCAUAUACAGAAGUAAUCCAAGAGAAAAAUUUGUUAAAACUGUUCGAGUUAUAAAAGAAUCAUCAUCAAAGGUUAUUGUAGCUUUUUUAUCGUUAUUGGACAUGGAAGUUUUGCUAAAAGAACUUAUUCUUCAAAAUGUCACAGAUUUACAAUGGAUAGGCAGUGAGGGUUGGAUUUCUGCCAGAAUAUUUGCAACAGAUGAAAUCUAUAAAAUCCUUGGUGGUGCCAUUGGAUUUGCAAUAGGAAAUGCAGUGAUUCCUGGACUGAAAGAAUAUUUAUUAAAUGUUCGCCCAUCCAGUGAUCCUCAGAAUGCUGGUUUGAAUGAAUUUUGGGAAAGUACUUUUAGUUGCACAUUAAAUUCAAACUCUCAGACAUUUUCUAAUUACUGCACUGGAUAUGAGAAUUUAAGAGAAAUAAAAAAUGAAUACACAGAUGUUUCUGAAUUCAGAAUUCCUGGGAAUGUUUAUGAAGCAGUAUAUGCAAUAGCUUAUUCUUUUCAAAAUAUGUUUAAUUGCAAGCAAGGCCAAGAGGCAUUCACCAAUCGUACAUGUCCAAACCGAAUGCAAAUUGAACCUUGGCAGGUAGUGCAGUACCUCAAAGGUGUAAAUUUUACAACCAGAUAUGGAGAAAACAUAUACUUUGAUGCAAAUGGAGAUCCAGCAGCUAGAUAUGAAUUGGUAAACUGGCAAUCAAGUGAAGAGGGAAUCAAAUUUGUCACGAUUGGUGUAUAUGAUGCCUCUCUACCAGAAGGACAGCAGUUCAUAAUGAAUAAUGUCAACAUUAUCUAUGCAGGAAACCAAAAUAAGGUUCCUAAAUCUUUAUGCAGUGAAAACUGUCAGCCAGGAACACGUAAAGCAGCCAGAAAAGGUCAGCCCCUGUGUUGUUUUGACUGCAUAGCAUGUGCUGAUGGUGAAAUCAGUAAUUCAACAAAUUCACUAGAUUGUCUGAGCUGCCCAUUGGAAUAUAAAUCAAAUGAAAAGAGAACCAAGUGCAUUUUGAAAGAAAUUGAAUUUUUAUCAUUUGGCGAGAUAAUGGGGUUGCUCUUAACAAUAGUUUCAUUGCUUGGAGCAUGUAUAACUAUAGGAAUUGCAGUAAUUUUUUUCCAUUUCAAAGACACCCCUGUUGUCAGAGCUAAUAAUUCUGAGAUAAGUUUCCUUUUGCUCAUCUCUUUAACUCUGUGUUUCCUAUGCUCUUUGACUUUCAUAAGCCAGCCGUCUGAAUGGUCAUGUAUGUUGCGUCAUACCGCAUUUGGCAUAACAUUUGUCCUCUGCAUUUCUUGUGUAUUGGCUAAAACAAUUGUGGUUUUAAUGGCCUUUAGGGCUACACUGCCUGGCAGCAACAUUAUGAAAUGGUUUGGUCCCACCCAGCAGAGAUUAAGCAUUUGUGUAUUUGCAAUGCCGCAGAUCUUAAUAUGUAUACUUUGGCUAAUAAUAGCCCCACCUUUUCCAAACAGAAACAUGAAGUCCUUCAAAGAAAAGGUCAUUUUUGAAUGUAGUUUGGGAUCACCUCUAGCAUUUAUGGUAGUAUUGGGUUACAUUGGUUUUCUUGCCAUCAUAUGCUUUGUUUUAGCUUUCCUGGCUCGCAAAUUACCAGAUAAUUUUAAUGAAGCAAAAUUUAUAACCUUUAGUAUGCUGAUUUUCUGUGCAGUUUGGAUCACAUUUAUUCCAGCUUACAUUAGCUCACCAGGAAAAUAUACUGUGGCAGUGGAAAUAUUUGCCAUUUUAGCAUCAGGGUUUGGCCUACUGUUUUGCAUUUUUGCUCCUAAAUGUUUUAUAAUAUUAUUUAAACCUGAGCAAAACACAAAAAAGCAUCUGAUGAGCAAAACUCCAGUCAAAUAA